AUGGCUCUUCAAUUUGCUAUAACCAUUUUGCUUCUUUUGCUGAAUGUGUAUUGCAAAGAAAUCACCUUAAAAGUCAUAAAAAGUGACAAGGAACAAGCAACAAGGCUCCAGAGAGUUAGUGAUGUAAUCGGAGAUGUGGCAUGGAACAUGCUUGUUGGGGUCACUCUUACUUAG